AUGAGCCUGGCACUACUUUCUCUGAUACUAUUUAGCUGCCAUAUAUGGGCUGUAAAGCCUCAAGUAAAGAAAUGUACGUCCAAUGAGGACUGCGAGGUAAUUUGGCCUGGAUCAACAUGUCAACGCUCACGAUGCAGAUGCCCUGAGAACUAUGUACGACGAAAGAGCCCCAGUCGCGGGAAUGGGUGUGCUUGGCAGGUGAAUGAUGCAGCCACCGGUCAAGUCGGACCGCCACUCACCUGCCCUCUGCCGGACGGAGCUGGUUAUCAAGUUAUCCUUCGCGGUAGCUCCACCAACAAUCUUCUAAGCCCUCCCAUACUGUGUUCCUCCAAGACGAAUGACUGUGACACCGGCUACGAAUGCAUCCAAGGACUGUCCGCUGCAGGCACCCUCGACGGAGCUUGUUGCCCAGAUCCGAUAACCACGUGUGCGCAUCCCAUAUUCGACCACGAAUCCGGCACAUUAGAACGUUGGGGUUACGACGGAUCCGAAUGCGUACGAUUCAAAUGGGAUCCAGAGAGACCAUCUUCAGCUAAUAAUUUCAAAACUAAAAUGCAGUGUGAAAGUUACUGUGUAAAUAUAUUCGCUUAA